CAGGACCGCUGCUGUAUAUUUGAGCCUCGCUGACAUAGUCAUUAAGAUAGACCAGAUCUCGUUUGAUCCUGCGAUCCACCGAUUGAUGAGUGUUGCACUGGACCUCGUCCACGAGGACGGUCGACGAAUCCCAAGACGAGGAGGUCGACCUGAUGUACCAGCACGAGGAGGUCGACCAGCUCCAGUACGAGGAGGACCACAUGCCUCCUCUAGUCGUCCCGUGACUCCCACGUCCUUGCCACCGGUCGUACAGGCAGAGUACGUGUUCGGCCCGUCAGCCCCUUAUGCGCCUUCCACUACAGCUGAUAUUGCCGGACCGUCGAGUAGACUGGCUGAUGCCCCAUCUGAAUCUACUGCUACCCCAUCGAUGUCAUUUUUAUUGGACGAUCUUUUUGAUGGGGUAGAGGUCGAUGCACCCCCUAUGUCGCCUGGUUCUCUUCCCGAGACAUCGUAUCAGUUCUCACCGUGUGCGCUCCGCAUGGAUGAUGAUGAUUAUGCAGUACCUCUUGGUGGAGAGGAUCCACAUCUAGGACGAUAGGAUAGGACACCUAAUGUUGUUGACCAGCAGGGAGAGGGUGGACGCAGAUGGCAGCCACCACGACCUCGGAGACAACCUCGCUGCGGCACAGAGUAGUUUAGCAUUAUUUUCAUUGCAUUUGAUUUGUAUGUAUAUCAUUGAUUGUUUUGAUUUCAUUUGUAUAGUAUUGAUUAUUUUUUUAUUCUUUUGUAUAUAUUAUUGAUUAUUUUUA